AUGCCCGCGCCGCCAUCAGCAGAGGCCGGGAAGGGCCGCACCACGCAACGCGUGAUCAUCGUCAUCGAUAGCGACGAGGAAGACGGCGGCGUCGGCGGCCGCCAAACAGGGCGAGAGCUUGGGAGCGGCGCUGCGAUCGCCGCCGCCGGCGAGGCCAUAAAGCUCGUCAAGCCAGAGCCCGUCGACGAUGCGGUCUUCCACCCGGUGGGUCCGGGGGCGCUGCGCCCUGGGGUGGCGCCUAUCUCGCCGCAGGCGCAAAACCCCCGCGCGCCGUCCUCGCCGUUGCCGGUCGCCGCGGCGGUCCGGAAUCAAUCCGAGAUUAUCGCCAUCUCCGACGACGACGGCGGCUCCCGAUUCCGUGGCGCCGUGCCGCUCGACAUGAUCGAGGGGAGCGGCCGGCGCGUGAGGCGCGUCAAGGAGGAGGCUUCCGACGACUUGGACUGCGAUUGGGUUCGUUCAGCGGAGGCGAAGCGCGCCUUGGUUGCGGUUGUGCCCCCCGUAAGCUCUCACGUGAAGAGGAAGCAGAAGAGAGGAUCGCCCGGCGGAGCCAAGCCCGACGCGCGCGGCGGCGGCGGCGUUCACGCGUUGGACCGGAAUUCGAGCGCUUCAGGGGCUGGGCAUCGCACGGCGUGGAUGGCCGACGACGCCAGGACCUCCAGGGAUGUGAAUAGUAGAGAAGCAAUCAGAGGCGUGGGUGAUCGGCCGGGUUCGGCCAAGAAGGCCCUCGUGUCCAGCGAAGAAUCCAGGGGUGCACCGGGAAAGGCGAGGAGUGGAGGAGGUGCGAGAAGGGAGAGGAGCACUAGUGUGGCACCGGCGAACUGGAUCGGCACCAGCAUUGGGUCGCGGAUCCGGUCAAGGUCGCGGAAGCAGGGGACAGUGCAGUACUCUGCUCGAGUGUCGUCCGAGGAUACAGGGGAGGACGAAGUGCAGGAGCAGAAGCAGAAGAGUGUGGAAGAUGUGGAGUUAGAUGAUGAUGAUGACGACGACAACAAUGGGGCUGGCAAUGGCAUACAGCAAGAGAGUGAGCAGGAUGAGGCUUUGGAGGGAAGGAGCAGGCAGGAUAGCCAUGCUUUGAUUGAUGAUGAGGAGGAGGUGGGGGAAAAGGAAUUGUCGGAAGAGGAGGAAGGUGGCAAUCAAGAAGAAAGCCACAGCAUCUACGAUGGCGAAGGAGAACAAGAAGAGGACGCAUCUGAAGAGGUUGAGCAGGAAAUGGAUGAAACAGGGGAGGAGGACGAACAGGAACUGGAUGGAACAGGGGAGGAGGAUGAACAGGAACUGGAUGGAACAGGGAAGGCGCAGCCAUUCACGCCUAGCAACACCAUUGCAGGUAGCAGUAUGAGGUCAGGAGGCGAUGACACGCGAGUCUUCAGGAGGAGGGUUUUUGAGGGCAUAUAUUUGCCUCAGAAGCCACGCAAGACUGUUGGCAUGGGCAUCGGAGGGCGGACGCGAUCACAGCGAAAAUGCAAGGACAAAAAACUGCUCAGACGUGGAACUUUCAGUAAACCCUACAAUAUUGAUAUUCCAGACUCGACUUCUGAUUCUGAGGAGGAUAAUGAACCACCAGCGCCACAACAAGGACUUCUGUCAUCAAGUGAGGAAGACAACAUAACUUUUGGCAAAAGGAAGCGCAGAAGAGCAAUAAAAAACAGACGGCGCAAGAGAUCGAGUACCAGUAGUGACGAGGAGUACAGAGUAUAUGCUAGGGACGCCAAAGAUAGGCCUUUUCGGAGGCUGAAGAAGGUGCUAUCCAAUCUUCAGGCUGGCAAGGAAGGUUGCAGAAGGUAUGAUGGUUCAAAUCCUGGGCAUGCCAAAUACAAUGGUCCAAAUGGCGAGAACCCAAUGAACAUGUCCAAUGAACAGGAUGGCAUUUUCUUCAAAAGAAAGGCACAUACGAUUCGAAUGAAGAAGCGCGGUCGAGCAGCGAAAGCUGCAUACGAUGAACUCCUUAAUUCCUUGUUUUCUGGCUGGGAGGAUCAUGUAAAUGAUCCUGAUCAUGCAGCAGCUGGAAAUAGUUUGCCUUUGGUAUUCGCAUUCGGAGAUGACGGUGCAGAAGAGAAUAUAGAAAAUGACAAGUAUCAAGAAGACCUGUGGAGGGAAUGUGACAAUGCUUUUGAAUCCAUGAAUAUUGGUUCCAACGGCUGUGAAGAGGAUGGGCAAGAAAUUCCUCCAGUGGAAGUUACUUCUUGCAAUAAUGGGCAGCAUGAAUUCAUUAUUGAUGAACAAAUAGGAGUUCGGUGCAAGCAUUGUCAUGUUGUCGAUCUCGAAAUCAGACAUGUACUGCCUGCUUUGGGGAAAUUUCCUGCAGAAAGGGAAUCAGCAAUCGACCCUGAGUUGGACAAGAUGCUUAAGGAAAUGCUCAAUGUUUUUGAACAAAAUGAUGUGCUGGUAUCAAAUGGACAUGAACUACCAUGCAAUUUUGGUGGUCACAAAGCUGGUUCAGUCUGGGAUCUCAUUCCUGGAGUCAAGGAAACUAUGUUCCCACACCAGCAGGAUGCAUUUGAGUUCUUGUGGACGAAGCUGGCAGGAGGUACUACAAUUGAACAGCUAAAGGAAACCGUAAAAUCUGCUGCUGGAGGUGGUUGUGUAAUUUCUCAUGCACCUGGGACGGGAAAGACGCGACUAGCAAUCACAUUUGUUCAAUCCUACCUUGAGGUUUUCCCACACUGUAGCCCAGUUAUCAUUGCUCCCAGGGGCAUGUUAGAGACAUGGGAGAAGGAGUUCAGGAAAUGGAAGGUAAAGCUCCCUUUUCAUGUACUGAAUUCCACUGAGAUCAACUGGAGUGAAGACAAGACCAUCCAAGAACAGGUUGCGAAGAAUGGAACUUUUCAUCGAAGGCUACUGACAGAUAAAAUGGAUCAAAAUUAUAGACGAUUGGUGAAGUUAGGGUCCUGGAUGAAUGGAACCAGCAUAAUCGGUUUGAGCUACUCACUUUUCAGGAAGCUAGCUAAUCAUGAAGGUAUGGACGGGGAUAAGGUGAGGAAGCUGCUGCUUGAGAAACCCGACCUGCUUGUCCUUGAUGAAGGGCACACGCCAAGGAACAAGAAGAGUCUUAUCUGGAAGGUUCUUAAAAGGGUCCGCACUGAAAAGCGAAUAAUUCUAUCGGGGACUCUAUUCCAAAACAACUUUGAGGAGCUCUAUAACACCUUGCGCCUUGUCAGGCCAAAGGAUGCAGAUGCAGUGCAUCUAGAGACGAAGGAGGGCAAAGAUUUCUGGUCUUCAUUGAGACUGAAUGACAUCACAAAGGCAAACAUAAAUGAAGUGAGGAAAAAAUUGGACCCUAUUGUGCACAUCCAUAGUGGUAAAUUUCUUCAGAAGUCUCUCUCAGGACUGAGAGAAUCCGUUGUGAUUCUGAACCCUCUUCCUUAUCAGAAAGAAGUCAUUGCAAGUAUGGAGAAGACUGUGGCAACGAUGGGUCUUGAUGCGGAAUACAAAAUCUCGAUUGCAUCAAUACAUCCCUCCCUCCUUGCUAGUGCAAAAUUGUCUGAAGAAGAGGAAUCUAUCUUGGACAUACCUAAGCUAAAGAGUUUACGCUCCUCUCCAUCUGAAGGGGUUAAGACGAGGUUUGUUUUGGAGAUUGUCUGUCUGUGUGAAGCGCUAAAUGAACGGGUUCUAGUGUUCAGCCAAUAUCUUAGACCAUUGUCCAUGAUCAUGGAGCAGCUGAAAGAAAAGUUCAAUUGGGCUGAAGGCAAAGAGAUCCUGCUAAUGAGUGGAAAUGUUCCUGUUAAAAAUCGCGAAACCAUGAUGGAGGUCUUCAAUAACAUGAAAAGCAAGGCCAAGGUAAUGCUUGCAUCAACGAAGGCAUGCUGUGAGGGCAUUACACUUAUCGGGGCAUCACGUGUGGUUCUACUUGAUGUUGUGUGGAACCCUUCUGUUGGAAGGCAAGCGAUUGGCCGAGCUUACAGAAUUGGUCAGGAAAAGAUUGUGUACACAUACAAUCUAAUUGCAGAAGGAACAACAGAGAGGAGCAAAUAUGACAGACAAGGUAAGAAGGAGCACAUGUCUAAAUUGCUCUUUUCAAAAGAACCGGAGCAUGGAGAAUGCAACUUGCCUCCAGAACUGACGUUCAAUGAUAGGGUUUUGGAAGAAAUGACUGCACGUGAAGACCUCAAAGAAUUGUUUGUAAAGAUUUAUGUUGACAGUCAAACUGAUGGGUCAAGUGGUAAAUGGAUGCAGGAGAGAUGGAAAAGAACAAUACAUGUCCACAGGCCUAAUAAUAUGAAACAGGAUUGUGGAAAACAACGAAGGGACCUAAACCAGAUGACAGAUUAUCAAGAUGCUGUCGCUGCCAAAUCCAAGCCCAUCUCCCCCAGUUCAAGGAACCCGAUCUGCCCAACUGGAAUGCCACUACAACCCCUCCCGCAUCAGCCCACGGGUCUUACGCCCCCCGAGCCCCCUGACACCCCAAAAUCCACCACUAAUCCACCUAAUCAGAACAUGCCCCCCACAGAUCCAGCUUCUCCCCCCUCUGAGCUACCCAUUCAGGGGCCGCUUGCCUCAAGUUCGUCAUCUGCGGCUCACCCUGGAAGCGUUUUGGUGUCGCUGGAUGAAGUUUCCCUAGUUUUGACGAAGGAUCUGUUUGGAGCGCACUCUCUAGUUGGGCGCUCCAUUCUUCCAAGCAUCGUGCAUGAUCUGCAACAGUUCUUUGCGCCGAACUCCAAUAAUCAACCGCAUCCUUGCAAGCAAUCAGCCCUGUCGUCCUCAGACCCACAGCUGGAAGACCUCCUCCAACGGAUAGCGAGUGGCUCAGAUGAAGACUUAGGCAAGACUCAAGUCCAUGACGAGACCCUGCAGAGAUGCCACACCGGAGAAGAGAAGGGGAAAGGUAAGAUCGAAGCAGAGCAAGGCAGUGAUGUCGACCCUCGAAAAUCUGGGCAUGCUUCCACUUCCGAUGGACAGCGGUGGCACCCAGCUCAUCCUGUUGGCAAAAUUCAAACCUGUAAACAGCGGUGGCACGCUUCCGGUGCACAGAUAUCUCAUGAGCCCCCAAGAUCCUCCCCAUCUACAAAGCACUCAAGAGCUGCACCUACCCGAGCACCUCCAGCUGGCAACCACGUCCCCAAAGGGCUCUGUCGUUCGUCACAUCCUAUGGAGGGAGGCCAUGGUUGCGGGGACUGGGAGGAUGCAAAGAGCCACUACUGGUGGAGACACUAUGCAGGCCAUUCUGGUAUGCUAGCUACCAAGACAGAUAGGGCUGAGGGAAGAAGUUUUUUCCAGCACACAAAGGAAAGAUGCUGGCGCUGUUUGGAAGGCAAGUGUGAAUGGCAUAAACCAAAUGAGCAUCCAAGAUUCCCCAUAGCCGACGAACAGCCACACCGAGUUGAACAGCAUGUGGUGAGGAGACAGAAAUUCUUGCAUCAUAUGAGGGGGCGUUGCUUCAACUGUCUCUCUACCGAGCACAUGGUGGUGUCUUGCAGAGGGAACACUUGUUGCUGGCGUUGUUUGGAAGAGGGACACAUGUCAAGUUUUUGCCCAAGUCUUAGACUUCCUUCUCGUUGGUCCCCAGAGUAUAUUACACCUCACCAACCCAGAAUGCAUUUGUCCCAUCAGAGUGGCUUCCACUCUCAACGCUUGCCACAAUGUUGGGAGAGAGAAGAGAGUCCAGACUUCUCAUGGUCGUUCAAGGGAAUGCGAAGGAGUUUCAAUUGCAAAGGUAGUGAAGAUAUAGAUAAGAAUCACUUUGACAUUGGUUCGAAGGAGGUGGUGGGUCAUGCUGGUAGUAGGAGCAAUAGAGAUCAUAAGAAGCAAGCACCUAGCCUCAAGAGGGUAUCCUUCGCGAUGCCUAUUUUCUAG